AUGCUUCGAAUGUCCCUCCGGCAGAAGAGCAGCCAGCUCCUCAAGGCUGGCUGCGCAGCUCGAUCGCUCUCCACGACCUCGCGCGCUCCUCUAGUAUGUGCGAAUUCUUCCGUCAAGUCUGGUCUCGCGUCAAAACGGCAUCCAACCUCCGUUGUCUCCCAGAAGAGAUAUACUGCCGCCGUCGCCUCAGCUCCCGACCCAAAUGACAGUUUUUUAUCCGGAAAUACCGCAAACUACAUCGAUGAGAUGUACAUGGAAUGGAAGGAGGAUCCAUCAAGUGUACAUGUGUCAUGGCAGGUGUACUUCAGGAACAUGGAGAGCGGCGAUAUGCCAAUGUCGCAGGCUUUCACUCCUCCACCGACCCUCGUCCCAACACCUACUGGUGGCGUCCCGAGCUUCAUGCCAGGUCUGGGAAUGUCCGCCGGCGUUGGCUCAGACGUGACGAACCAUCUGAAGGUUCAGCUUCUGGUUCGCGCAUAUCAAGCUCGUGGCCACCAUAAGGCGAACAUCGACCCUCUGGGCAUCCGCGCCGAGGCUGAAGAAUUCGGCUACAAGAAUCCAAAAGAACUUCGACUCGAGCAUUAUCAAUUUACGGAAAAGGAUCUAGAUACUGAGUAUAGCCUUGGUCCAGGGAUUUUGCCUCGUUUCAAGAAGGAGGGCCGUGAGAAGAUGACGCUGCGAGAUAUCAUUGCUGCUUGUGAGCGUAUCUACUGUGGCUCCUACGGAGUCGAAUAUAUUCACAUCCCCGAUAGGGAACAAUGCGACUGGCUCCGUGAGCGUAUUGAGGUUGAGCAGCCGUUCAAAUACUCCGUCGACGAGAAGCGCAGAAUUCUGGACCGUCUAAUCUGGAGCUCGAGUUUUGAAAAUUUCCUGGCGACUAAGUACCCCAAUGAUAAACGAUUCGGUCUCGAGGGCUGCGAAUCCUUAGUACCAGGAAUGAAGGCUCUUAUCGACAGAAGCGUGGACUAUGGCGUCAAAGAUAUUUCCAUCGGAAUGCCCCAUCGUGGACGUCUCAAUAUUCUCAGCAAUGUCGUCCGCAAACCAAACGAGUCCAUCUUUAGCGAAUUCGCGGGUUCCGCUGCAGCCGAGGACGAAGGAUCUGGAGACGUGAAAUACCACUUGGGGAUGAACUUUGAGCGGCCCACUCCUUCUGGCAAGCGUGUCCAACUCUCCCUUGUUGCCAACCCUUCUCAUCUGGAAGCCGAAGACCCGGUUGUCUUGGGCAAGACCAGAGCAAUUCAACAUUACAAUAAUGAUGAGAAGACACAUAAAAGUGCUAUGGGGGUUCUCCUUCAUGGAGAUGCAGCUUUCGCUGCUCAGGGUGUUGUUUACGAGUGCUUAGGAUUCCACUCACUGCCGGCAUACUCCACCGGUGGUACAAUCCACUUGGUGGUCAACAACCAAAUUGGUUUCACCACUGAUCCCCGAUUCGCUCGCUCCACUGCCUACUGCACAGAUAUUGCGAAGUCAAUUGAUGCUCCAGUCUUUCACGUUAAUGCCGACGAUGUAGAGGCUGUCAACUACGUAUGCCAAUUGGCAGCUGAUUGGCGCGCAACAUUCCAGACCGAUGUCGUUAUUGAUCUUGUCUGUUAUCGCAAGUAUGGUCAUAACGAGACAGAUCAACCAUCUUUCACGCAACCUUUGAUGUACAAACGUAUCCAGACGCAUGAGCCGCAAAUCGAUAUCUAUAUCAACCAGCUGUUGAAGGAUGGUAGCUUCACCAAGGAAGAUAUUGAUGAGCAUCGCAAAUGGGUCUGGGGCAUGUUGGAGGAGAGCUUUGCGAAGAGCAAGGAUUACCAACCAACAUCAAAGGAAUGGACCACAUCGGCCUGGAACGGCUUCAAAUCACCAAAGGAAUUGGCAACAGAAGUCCUUCCCCACAACCCAACCGGUGUGCCCGCCCACACCCUCGAGCAUAUCGCUGAAGUUAUUGGUACCGCACCAGAGGGCUUCAAUGUUCACCGUAACCUGAAACGUAUUCUUUCAAGUCGUAUCAAGACCGUGGAGGAAGGCAAGAACAUCGAUUGGUCGACAGCUGAGGCGCUCGCUUUCGGAUCUCUCGUCAAUGAAGGACACCAUGUUCGAGUCUCUGGUCAGGAUGUUGAGCGUGGAACCUUUUCGCAAAGACAUGCGGUCUUCCACGAUCAGGACAAUGAAAAGACCUACACUCCACUACAACACGUUAGUAAGGAUCAAGGCAAAUUCGUCAUCUCAAACUCCUCAUUGAGCGAGUUUGGUGUGCUGGGCUUUGAGUACGGCUACUCCUUGUCGUCACCAAAUGCUCUUGUCAUGUGGGAGGCCCAGUUCGGUGAUUUCGCCAACAACGCGCAGUGCAUCAUUGAUCAAUUUAUUGCGUCUGGUGAGGUUAAAUGGAUGCAGAGAUCUGGCUUGGUUAUGUCAUUACCUCACGGAUAUGACGGACAAGGCCCUGAGCACUCGUCUGGCCGUAUGGAAAGAUAUCUUCAAUUAUCCAACGAAGAUCCUCGCAUUUUCCCACCGCCUGAGAAGCUCGAGCGUCAGCACCAAGACUGCAAUAUGCAGAUUGCCUAUAUGACAACCCCAGCAAACUUGUUCCAUAUUCUACGGAGACAGAUGAACAGACAAUUCAGGAAGCCUCUUAUUAUAUUCUUCUCGAAGUCACUCCUUCGCCAUCCUAUAGCACGAUCGUCAAUUGAGGAGUUCACGGGCGAUUCGCAAUUCCAGUGGAUCAUUCCCGACCCAGAACAUGGGAAGACCAUUGCCGAGCCCGAGGAAAUCGAUCGUGUUAUCCUCUGUACUGGUCAAGUCUACGCUGCUCUCCACAAGUCUCGAGCCGACAAGGGCAUCAAAAACACAGCCAUUACUCGAAUUGAGCAGCUGAACCCCUUCCCGUGGCAACAACUGAAGGAGAAUCUUGACACAUAUCCAAAUGCUAAGACCAUUGUCUGGUGUCAAGAGGAGCCUCUUAACGCUGGUGGCUGGAGCUUCACGCAGCCAAGAAUCGAGACAUUAUUGAACCACACACAAUACCAUGAUCGCAAGCACGUCAUGUACGCAGGCCGCAACCCUAGCGCCAGUGUGGCGACUGGGUUGAAGUCCCACCAUAUUAAGGAGGAGACUGAAUUGUUGGACAUGGCCUUUAGCGUGACGCAAGAUAAGCUCAAGGGAGAGUAG